GACCAGCUUUUUAAGUGGGACCUCCAAAUGGUCUCACUUUAAUCAAGUAAGCACCACAAAGCGUUGUUAAAAUGUGAAGGUAUGUAGGAUUUAUAUGAGGAGCCUUCACAAUUAAGCAUUAGAAUCAGGUGUGAUUGUGAUGGCUUUUAUUGCAAAAGUUGGGAAAUUCCGUAAAAGCGUUAUCCUCGGGUAUAGAGAAUUCAGUGAUCUAGUGAGCUUGUGUUUGUGCGAUGGAGGGCCUUGUGACACACAAGGGCGGCUGCCACUGCGGUCGCGUGCGGUGGGAGGUGGACGCCCCGGCCAGCGUUGUUGUGUGGGAGUGCGAUUGCUCCAAUUGUGCCAUGCGAAGGAACACGAGUUUCAUUGUUCCUGAGGCCAGGUUUCGGCUUCAGCCCGGAUCCGAGGAGUGGCUCUCGCUCUACACGUUUGGGACGCACCAGGCCAAGCAUCUGUUUUGCAAGGUGUGUGGGAUCUGCUCCUACUAUAAGCCGCGCUCCAAUCCGGACGGGGUGUCUGUGACUGUGCAUUGUGUGGAUCCUGGCACGCUGCGCGACGUCCAAGUCAAGUGCUUCGAUGGAAAGAAUUGGGAGGCGUCUUUUGCUGCCUCGAACAUAAGCAAGCUGUCUAAAGAAGAGAAUUGAAGUCAUGGAUCUUGGAGUUCAAUCCAAUAACCUUGUAUGCGCAUAAAUUAUUUCUGGACUCCUUGUGGUUUCAGAGACAGAGGAACGGUGGUUGCUGGUUGUUUUAAGCCUUGACUCUAAAUAUGUACACUAAGAGGAGCGUAUUUUAUUUCAGACGAACUACUGUGAUUUCUAAAUGAUUUUUCUGAGUU